UGCCCCAUCAUUGGUGUCAGUGGGGGGAGGAAUAGUGCCCCAUUGUUGGUGUCAGUGGGGGGAGGAAUAGUGCCCCAUCGUUGGUGUCAGUUGGGGGGUGGAAUAGUGCCCCAUCGUUGGUGUCAGUGGGGGGGAGGAAUAGUGCCCCAUCGUUGGUGUCAGUGGGGGGAGGAAUAGUGCCCCAU